AAUGGACCACUCACCAUCCACACCGGGGAGCGCGUGCACCUCGAGCUCCCGCUGCUCUACGACAAAAUCGUGUUAAAAAGACGCGGCGGAUUUUGCUACGAAAACAACGGGCUCUUCUCCUGGCUCCUGGCUCAGCUCGGGUUUAAAGUCGAGGUCCUGUCUGCUCAGGUGAAAAAUCGGUUCACUGGAGUUUUCGGACCUCCGUUUGACCACAUGAUCAUGAUGGUGACCCUGGACGGGGAAAGAUGGCUAUGUGAUGUGGGAUUCGGUGCCGGGUUCCAGCUCCCUCUUUCCUUAGAGACGGAGAGUCCUCAGACCCAGAGUCAUGGCCUGUACCGGGUUCGAGCUCAGGGAAAUCUGUUUUUUAUGGAAGAAAGUGUUGAUGGUGCGUCAUGGGUGGAGAAGUACAAGUUCAGCCUUCAGCCGUGUCAAAGAGAGGACUUUAGAGCCAUGUGUGAGUACCAUCAGGUCUCCAUCAGCUCCAUAUUCUUCUGCAAGUCCCUCUGCACCCUCCUGCUACCAAGAGGAAGGAUUACUCUAAUGGGACGCAAGCUGAUUACCGUCCAGCUAUCCGGUGAGCCUGGGCCACCAGUGAAGACCACCAAAACAGAUCUUAGUGAUGAAGAAAUCAUAGAGAUCCUAAGGGAGAAGUUUGGAAUAGUGCUGACGUCUCCACUCAUUAGUAAAGAUAUUGACAUAGUUCCUCCACCAGUGAACUAUUAAAGUGGCCAAAACUAUGUCGACAACUGAGCGU